GCGAGGAGGUUCCGCUUAAUCAGAGGGCAGAGAGCGGCCCCGCCUCCCGCGCACCGGCGAAUGGCGUUGAAGAUCAGGGCGGCGGGUGGCCGGCCAGAGGUGCCUUUGGGGAGGUGGCGGCGGCGGGAGGUGAGUUGAGAGCGGCUCGCGGCCGUCCCCAGCCGCUCCAGUGGCCCGGCCUGGCGCCGGCCUGUGCCCCUGCCUGGUAUGGCGGGGCCACGGGGGGACCGGCCGGCGCGGCGCUCCGCACGGGCUGGCGGCGGCGGCUGCUGCUGGGCGCUGCCCACGGCGCUGUUGUGCGCCUACGGCUUCUUCUGCAGCGUGCGGCCGUCGGAGCCGUUCCUCACCCGCUACCUGCUGGACCCGCACAAGAGUCUCUCCGAGAGCCAGGUAUUCAACGAGAUUUACCCGGUAUGGACUUACUCCUACCUGGCACUGCUGUUCCCGGUGUUCCUGGCCACGGACUACCUGCGAUACAAGCCCGUGGUGCUGUUGCAGGGCCUGAGCCUCAUCGUCACCUGGUUCAUGCUGCUGUACGCCCAGGGACUGCGGGCUGUCCAGUUACUGGAGUUCUUCUACGGGAUGGGCACGGCCACCGACAUUGCCUAUUACUCCUACAUCUACAGUGUCGUCGAUAUCAACCUAUACCAGAAGGUCACCAGCUACUGCCGAAGUGCCACCUUGGUGGGCUACACAGUGGGUUCGGUCUCUGGACAGGUCCUUGUGUCUGUGGCAGGAUGGUCCCUCUUCAGCUUGAAUGUUAUCUCCUUAACCAGCAUAUCCAUUGCCUUUGGCACGGCGUGGUUCCUGCCGAUGCCACAAAAAAGCCUUUUCUUUCACCACGCCUCGAGUCAGCAGCUGAGUUGGGAAAUGAAGGUCAUGGACUGCAAAAAUGGAUCGGCUGUCCAAGAUCAUCCCAGCGUGCAGAGGGCAGCUGGCUGGGAGGAUGAGACGAAAGUUCCCUUAAACGGGCAGAGUCCUUCAGUGGAGAAACCGGAGCAGAAAGUAGACAUCGUAAAGGUGCUCAAAGAUCUCUGGCAGGACUUCCUGCAGUGCUACUCCUCCCGAACCAUGCUCUGCUGGUCCGUGUGGUGGGCACUGUCCACCUGCGGCUACUUCCAGGUCAUCAACUACGCUCAGGGCCUGUGGGAGAUGGUGCUGCCUUCUCAUAGCACAGAGAUCUACAAUGGUGCUGUGGAGGCAGCCUCAACGCUGCUAGGAGCUGUUGCAGUGUUUGUUGUGGGUCACAUAAAAACGUCUUGGGCCAUGUGGGGUGAAGUAGCACUUGCCCUGUUCUCCUUUCUUAUUGCUGCUGCUGUAUAUAUCAUGGACACUGUUCGUAACAUCUGGGUGUGCUAUGCAUCCUACGUUGUCUUCAGAAUUAUCUACAUGCUGCUCAUCACGAUAGCAACGUUUCAGAUAGCUACAAAUCUCAGUGUGGAACGGUACGCCCUGGUGUUUGGGGUCAAUACUUUCAUUGCCUUAGCACUUCAAACUCUGCUCACUGUGAUUGUUGUGGAUGCCAGUGGUCUUGGGUUAGACAUCUUCACCCAGUUCAUGAUUUAUGCCUCUUAUUUUGCGGCCAUCUCGCUGGUGUUCUUGGGAAGUGGCAUAUACAGUAUUGUGAGAGCUUACAGAAGACAAGAGCAGACGCAAAGCAGAUCUCCUGAAAGCCAAUAGUGCACCAAGCAAAGACUCUUGGUGGCUACAUCUGAAGAUAUAGGUCUGUGGUUUUUUUUUUCUUCUCUCUGCCUUUUCUUCCCAAGGCAGUCACCUUAAUAGUAUUUGAUCCAUAUUUAUACUAUAUUAGUAGCACAUUUUAGAAGGUAAAUGUAUGAGCUCUUACAUAAGUAAGAACAAAUAGCUUCUUUCUAAAAUGCCUUUUGUUCUUCUGUUGCAUAUAUGUGAUGUGCAGCAGAGAACAGUAAGAUUUCUCAAAGAAUUACAGCCUUGGGAGGUUUUAGUCCAAGGCUGUGCGUCUGGAGGCUGCUAUUGAAAAGGCAGCUUCAUGACUGUCCAGUCAACUGUUACUGUCUCUGUCACUGAGGUACUGCUGCAAGGCACAAGUGAGAGCACACGAACAGACCUCUGUCUCUGUGGAGAGCCCCAGGCCUGGGGCAGGAGGUGGCCUUAGGCCUGUGCUCUGCAGUGUGGCUCUCACUGUGGCUUCCUUGUAAUGCUGGAUGCUCUGUUUUCAGGACUAAUACACUCACGUUUCUGCAUAUGCACGUGCUGCCUUGAGUUGCGUGUACUCUUUCUGCUGUUCCUGUCUGUCACUCCUGCUGCCAGACUUUUACCACAGCUGAUCAUGGUGCUUCCCCAAAAACUUGACUGUGUCCUGGGGCAACUUGUGACACUGGUGAAUUGGCUAUGAGCAGUACUACUUCUGCUGGGAAGGCCUGUGCCCAAGGGACAGUAAAGCUGGAGGGGAACUUUAAAAGGAAUUUAAGUUGACAAAAUGCUAAUUCCAAGGACCCUUGGACAUCUUUACCGUUAUUCUUUAUGGCUAACAAUUGCUGCGAUUACAGGAGUCAACCCUGAGGGCUCUCCUAUUUCAGUGGGGUGUUGGAUGGUAGUAUAGCACUGGAGAAGAAAGAUUUUUUAAGCUGCUCUUUGUGACGUUGAAGAAUUGUGACUCUGGUAACUAAAUAAACACCUUCAGUUAUGGUAGUUGGUAGCAUGACUGCCUGAGGCUUUCAAAAAUGCCAACAGUUUUUCCCCUUAUUUUAAAAUGCUUGUAGUCUUCUAAUGGGUCUCUGUCCACUAGUUCUACCUCUUCUUUGCACCUAAGCAGGACAGUGAAUGUUUGUGGUGGGCAGAUGUUUUAUUUUGUCCAGUCUAAGCAAUUUGGGAUGUGCCUCAAACCUGGUUUUUUAAAAGUAAUUUAUUCUUUCCAAAUUGCUUCAAGCACUGGGAACGAGUUGCACAAAGUUGUCUUGGGCUUAGGCACCUCGGUACUUGGGCACCAUGACCAGCACAGCAACAGGUAUCUGUAGUAUCUUGUGGAAAUAGCCAACAGACUGUCCCUGUUGAUGUGCAGGUUGUGAUGAGUUUAAGCGUACAGGAGAACUGGCAAGGGAGAAGAUGCAACUUGGUGUGCUUCCCUCCAUACCUUCUCUGUGUGCUGGUUAGACCUUUUUCCAGUCAGAGCCUGAAAAAGUAGCUUUAGUUUAUUGCUUCCUUUUAGUGCCAUGGAGACUUUACAAUGUUGGGGCUGGGGAGAUGUUUCUCCCCCACCUGGGCUGGGUACAGCCUCUCUCAUCACUUCUGUGAGCCUCAGCCUUUACUGCACAAGGUGAAUGACAGAAUGUAUGAGUGAUACAUGUUUGGGAUGUGCUGCCUGGGGUCUGGGGAGCCCUUCCAUGCCAGCUGCUCAGGGGAACCCACUCCCCAAAGCUUCUCUGUGUUUGCAGCCUGCCUCCUAAAACAACCCCCUCAAGAAGGGCUCAACUGUACUGGCCUUUAGACAUGUAAACUCAACUGCCUGAUCCUGAAAUGGAAACUUGAAGCCACCAAUGUAUAUAAUCCUUUCUUUACUCUCUUUUUUUGUGGUUUUCUUAAAUAUAAAUCUGAAGCCAUGAAAUGCUACCUGAUGAGCUGUCCUGGGAAAGGGAGUAGGUGCAUAUCCAUAGUAAGUGCGUAUCCAUCUACCAAUUCCUUGGUCUGAUGGCAGUUGCAGCAGGGCACGAGGAGUGGGUAUACGGCACUCGUGUCAAGUUGGCCGAAAGAAGCAACUCAGCUUUAAUAACGGUUUUCCUACAGAGGACAGAUCAUUGAUGGGGAACAACCCCAUUAUUGAAAAGCAAGUAAAAUAAACCAAAACACUAAUGAAUUACAGCUAUAAUGAUGAUCCUUCUGCCAAAGUAAUGACACUGUGGCAACUGCAAUAGAGAGGCAUGCUACACUGCAUAUGUCUUCAGACCUAAUGAUGUAUGAAGCCACACCUGGAUGUUCUGGAUCUUUGUGCUGUUGCUGAGGUGAUGAGGAGGUACUACAGAGCCUGGCUGGAGCUGUAUGCAGAGUUACUGUUGCCUGUGAAAUUCUGUGAACACGUUGACAUUGUUGGUGUCUAAUU